GAGAAAGAUAAAAACGGGCCCGGGGCCGCCGCCGCCGCCGCCGCCGCGCCGACCUCGCCGGGAGCAGCCCCCCCGCCGCCGGCGCCCGCACGGACGCGAGCUUCGCCCCGGCCCCGGACAAAGGCGAGCGGCGGCGCGCUCCAGGGCUCCGGCGCGCCGACGCCGCGCACCAUGGCUCCCGCCCCCCGGGCCUCCCGCCGCCGCCUGCCGGCCCUGCUCGCGCUCGGCGCCGCGCUCGCCGCGCUCGCCGCGGCCCAGAGCAGCAGCUUCAGCCCCGAAGCCUGGCUACAGCAGUAUGGCUACCUGCCUCCUGGGGACCUACGUACCCACACACAGCGCUCACCCCAGUCCUUCUCGGCUGCCAUUGCUGCCAUGCAGAAGUUCUAUGGUUUGCAAGUGACGGGCAAGGCUGAUGCAGACACCCUGAAGGCCAUGAAGCGUCCUCGCUGUGGAGUUCCAGAUAAGUUUGGGGCUGAGAUCAAGGCCAAUGUACGAAGGAAGCGCUACGCCAUCCAGGGCCUCAAGUGGCAGCAUAAUGAGAUCACUUUCUGCAUCCAGAAUUACACCCCCAAGGUGGGAGAAUAUGCCACACUGGAGGCCAUCCGCAAAGCAUUCCGUGUGUGGGAGAGUGCCACGCCCCUGCGCUUCCGUGAAAUACCCUACGCCUACAUCCGAGAGGGCCAUGAAAAGCAGGCGGACAUCAUGAUCUUGUUUGCUGAGGGUUUCCACGGUGACAGCACACCUUUUGACGGCGAGGGUGGCUUCCUAGCCCACGCCUAUUUCCCAGGCCCCAACAUUGGAGGGGAUACCCACUUUGACUCUGCCGAACCCUGGACUGUCCAGAACGAAGAUCUAAACGGGAAUGACCUCUUCUUGGUGGCUGUACACGAGCUGGGCCACGCCCUGGGCCUGGAGCAUUCCAACGACCCCUCCGCCAUCAUGGCGCCCUUCUACCAGUGGAUGGACACGGAGAACUUCGUGCUGCCGGAUGAUGAUCGCCGCGGCAUCCAGCAGCUUUAUGGAAGUGACUCAGGGUCACCCACCAGAAUACCGUCUCAACCCAGGAGUACCUCUUGGCCCUCUGUCCCCGAUAAGCCCAAAAACCCCACCUAUGGGCCCAACAUCUGUGAUGGGAACUUUGAUACUGUCGCCAUGCUGCGAGGGGAGAUGUUUGUUUUCAAGGAGCGUUGGUUCUGGAGGGUGAGGAACAACCAAGUGAUGGAUGGCUAUCCGAUGCCCAUUGGCCAGUUCUGGAGGGGCCUGCCUCCAUCCAUCAACACUGCCUACGAGAGGAAGGAUGGCAAAUUUGUCUUCUUCAAAGGAGAUAAGCACUGGGUGUUUGACGAGGCCUCGCUGGAACCUGGUUAUCCUAAGCACAUUAAGGAGCUGGGUCGGGGACUGCCUACUGACAAGAUUGACGCUGCUCUCUUCUGGAUGCCCAAUGGAAAGACCUACUUCUUCCGUGGAAACAAGUACUACCGUUUCAAUGAAGAGUUCAGAGCAGUGGACAGCGAGUACCCCAAAAACAUCAAAGUCUGGGAAGGAAUCCCUGAGUCUCCCAGAGGGUCAUUCAUGGGCAGUGAUGAAGUCUUCACCUACUUCUACAAGGGGAACAAAUACUGGAAAUUCAACAACCAGAAGCUGAAGGUAGAGCCGGGCUACCCCAAGUCGGCCCUCCGGGACUGGAUGGGCUGCCCCUCGGCAGGCCGGCCAGACGAGGCUGUGGAGGAGACGGAGGAGUCGGAGGUGAUCAUCAUCGAGGUGGACGAGGACGGCGGCGGGGCUGUGAAUGCAGCCGCCAUCGUGCUGCCCGUGCUGUUGCUACUCUUGGUGCUGGCAGUGGGCCUCGCUGUCUUCUUCUUCAGACGCCACGGGACCCCCAAGCGACUGCUCUACUGCCAGCGUUCCCUGCUGGACAAGGUCUGACCCCCACCGCCGCUCCCCACUGCUACCGGGAGGACUUUGUCUGUGAAGGCAGUAGCAGCAGGUGGCAGUGGGGGGGCUGUUCCCACCCGUCCUGAGCCUCCUCCCUCCGGCCUCCCUUCCGCACCCCCCACUGGCCUUUCCCGCCCCUCACUCUUGGCAUCACUUCUUCCCUAGAUGGACUCCCUGAGGACUGAGUGGGGGUCCCUUCCGGCCUCAGGGGAGCCCUGUAGCUUGGUAUGUGUUCAGCCUCUUGUGAAUGUCACGGCGGUUCUACGCUUGAAGGCAGGACCCUCAGACCUCACUGGCGAAGGUCAAAGGGGAUCAUCUGCCCCUGCUCCAUCCCCGGACAUACCUUUAACCUCUGAACUCUGACCUCAGGAGGCUCUGGGCACGGCAGCCCUGUAGGCCCCGGGGACCUCGGUUGGCAGUCUCCGGCCAUUCUUAGGCUGAUGGGAGUGAGAUCUUCUUGCAGGGAGGGUGAAGGUCCCCGAGAAGGGGCGGGGAGGGCAGGGAGGGCGGCUCCAUCACCUAAAGACCUUGGCGUUGGUGGCUUGCUCGGUCAAGAUCCACAAAGAUCUGCCUCUGCCCUUCCUACCCAGCAGAACUCCCAAAGAAGGCGCCUGAGCCAUUGGAGACGAAACUGUGGCUGAAGGAGCCUUUGGCAACCCUAGCCCCUCUCGCAUGUUAGCCUGGGGUGAGACUCUCAGGGUUGGAAGAGCUGAAACCAGAGAGAGGAGUGUAUCCCAGGGUAGAAUGGGACCCAGGGGAGAUGCUUGUGUCUGGAGCCCCAGAGAUGCGCCUGGAGAGCCUCGUUUAAAUGCAGGCACCUGGGGCUGAGGCCCAAGCCCAAAUAACCAAAGGAGACAGGAAAUGAAGUGUGGCACCAGGCGUGGCUGGGGGCUGGGCAGGCCACCAGGGCUCCACCAGGGAGCUCUCAGGACAGGGGACUGGGGAACUGAGCUGUGGGACCAGAGGGGCCCCGAGACCUGGAACGCUCAGUCUGUCUCCCUCCUCCGGUGCGGGGCAGAUGCCUGGCUACGUGGUCGUGAUGCGGCGGUCCCUUUCCUGGGCGCCCACGUGCCUUAGCCCAGCUUCCCUGGGGUGUCCUGCCCUCCUCCUUCCCACCCAGCCCGUCCGUUUGAAGUCGCCUUCGGCCACCAGAGGUGGUCCUGGUACCGGGGACUUGAGAGGGCGUGAGAGGAGGGAUGUCGGGGGAGGAUU